AUGGAGCGCUUAUGUUUGAUCCUCCUGCUGAUGGGUAGGACCACUUCAGUCUUGGCACAGUUUAAUGGAUACAACUGUGAUGCCAACUACCACAGUAGGUUUCCCGCGGAGCGCGACAUCAGUGUGUACUGUGGGGUUCAGACCAUGACCUUGAAGAUUAACUUCUGCCCAGUGCUGUUCUCCGGCUACACAGUUGCAGAUCUGGCGCUCAACGGUCGCCAUGGCGAUACCCACUGCCGGGGCUUCAUCAAUAACAACACGUUCCCCACGGUAGUACUGUUCAGCAUCAGCCUCAGCACACUGGAGGCCUGCGGCAACAGCCUGGUGGUCACAACAUCCUAUGGGGCUAAUGCCUAUAGGAACAUGUCACUGGUGCAGAUUGGGAAUAUCUCAGGGUACAUCGACACUCCAGAUCCGCCAUCCAUCAUCAGCUAUCUGCCUGGCCUGCUGUACAAAUUCAGCUGCAGCUACCCCCUGGAAUACCUGGUCAACAACUCACAGCUGGCAUCAUCAUCUGCUGCAAUAUCAGUGAAGGACAGCAAUGGUACCUUUGUGAGCACAUUGAGUAUGAUCCUUUACAAUGACUCAACCUACAACCAACAACUCUCUAUCCCAAUGGCCGGACUGGCUUUGAAAACCCGAGUGUUUGCUGCAGUGAAAGCCACAAACCUGGACAAACGAUGGAAUAUCUUGAUGGACUACUGUUACACCACUCCCUCAGGGAAUCCCAAUGAUGAACUGCGCUAUGACCUUUUCUUUGGCUGCUAUAAAGACCCACAGACCACUGUUUUUGAGAAUGGGAAGAGUCAAAUGGGUCGUUUCGCCUUCGAAGUGUUCCGUUUCGUCAAACACAGACACCAGAAGAUGUCCACUGUGUUUCUGCACUGUGUCACCAAGCUGUGUCGGGUAGAUGACUGUGUCCUGCUCAUGCCGAUCUGUGGGCGUCGGCGUAGGAGGGACAUAGAGGAUAGCCUGGAGUCUCGGCCGUCGUCUGGGGAUGCCAUCAUCACCGCUGGACCCAUCAUCACCAGGAUUGAUGAAACUCCAACAAAUAACUCACAACUUGCUUCAUCGAGUGGCCCCUCCCUAACGUUGAACCCAGUGACCAGUGCUCUGCUGUCGGGUGUGGUCAUUCUGGGCGUGUUCAGUCUGGGAUUCUUCCUGCUCUCGCUCCGCCUCCUCCGCAGACCCCCCCUCCCUACAGCCACACCAUCAGAAGCAUGGAACCCUGGCUUCAAAUAAACCUUUGGUGUGCGUGUGCUCUCUCUCUUCUCUCUCUUUCUCUUUCUCAUUAUUGCUCUCAUUCUCCCCCUCACUUUUUUUCUCUCUCUCUUAUCCAUCUAACUAUAACUAAUACCUACAGUAUGUAUAUGCAUGGCAGUUAGAAUAGGCAGGUGCAUAUAAGCUCCCAGUAAAGAUAAC